GUCGAUGCUUGUACUCGAUGCAGCCGUAUCCAGUGUAAUUUUUAACGGCCGAUACAAGGCUGAUAAGCUUGUGGUGACAGGAUACGAUGGACGUACGAUGUUGGUGGAUUUGAGUGAUCCAACGAUAGGGUAUACGGUGAUGCGAUCGCGUAAUUUGAUGAAGGCGACGACAUGGGCUUCCCAUGCACCUUGCUUUGUAUUCACGGAUAAUGAUAAUAUUUCGCGUGCAUUUGGCGUGAAUGAGGAUGGCACAACGCAUAUGAGCAAGUAUGGAGAUACACCAGGUAUGUGUUGGCAAAUGGCCUCGUCGGAACAUCAUGGGCAGUUUGCUUUAUGUACUUCUGUGGGUUGGGUAAGAACAAGCAAUUUAUAUUAUGCCAAGAUGAGAGCGCUGGUAAGUUAUUUUGGAGGAGGAGGAUUUUUUUGUUUUGUUUUGUACUUAAGAAUAUUGGAGUAGUUCUUAUCGCAGGUGUGUGUUUACAAGUUGGAAUACUCGGAAGAAACACAUAAAUUUAGAUAUUUGGAUGGUAUUCCAUCACAGACGAUGGAGGAUAGUAAGAAACUAACUUCGUAUGAACAAUAUGGUGAUUCCUUCCAUGCGAUCCAAAAGCUUUCGUGGAAUCCAAAUAAGAAGACUUCAG